UGACUACUCCUUUUCACCACUUACACACCGUCGACGACAAGCAGCUGUGUUGUGAACAAUUGAGAGUAUUGCCCGACCCUUUGCGGGUCUAUCUCACCGUUAUGGCGACCUUUUUUCAGAGCGUUCGUCAGGGUUUCACUCGAGCCAACACCAAAUCCAAUCAAAACCUCAAGGCUCAGUACAACAAUGGCCAAUCUCAAUCCCCGAUCUCACAGCAAGCCCCUCCUCUUCCUCCUCUGACCAAUUCGCCUUCCAUCUCCUCCACCUUCAGUGAACAAAGCGGUUAUGUCGAACAAGAGCCCAAGAAAUUCCUGAAUGAGAAAUAUGCCAAGUGCUCCGUCAAGGGGAACUUCUUGACACUCGCUGCACAGCCGAAGAAUGUCGAACUUGGAGAAUGGCUGGCCCAUCAAUUGGUCGAGAUGAACCGACUCCUUACCGGCAUGAUUCAGGUCAUCCAGGAGGUUGAUACCAACACGGGAUUGCCACUUUGCAAUGAGCAGCAGUGUCCUACUAUGUCUGCUGGGCGUCUCACUUACACCUGGCUCGAAAACGGUCGACCAGCCAAGAUCCCUGCGCCUCAAUACAUCGUCCGAGUACAGCGCUGGAUCGUCGGGAAAAUCCACGAUGAGAAGACCUUCCCUACCGCCCCUCCACCAACGGUUGACCAAACUUCGUACAUGUCCGGCGACACGGGCGUUGCUCCCCCCUCGGCCACUACGCCAAUUUCCGCACCUCCUACCAACCUCAACCAAUCCCUGACAACUCUUGCAGGCGUCCAAGACGAAUGGAUCGGCAAGUCAUCGGGAUUCCCUCAACACUUCCACUCGGACGUCAAGGCUAUCAUCAAGCAAAUGUUCCGCUGCUAUGCGCACCUCUAUCAUUGUCACUUUACCGAUCCCUUUUGGCACAUUGGUCGUCACGCAGAAUUGAACAGCUGCUUCGUCCACUUCUGUACUGUCGCGAUGUACUACGACCUGAUCAGCAAGAAAGACAUGGAGCCAUUGCAGGGACUCAUUGAUAUCUUUGUGGCGCAGGGCGUCAUUCCCAAGGAGGCUGUCCAGCAGCAUGUUUCCUAGGAGUUUAUAUGGAAACGAUUGGGUACCUUGAUAGAAACGCGAUGGCGAUGUGCCAUUGUCUACGGCGUGUUAUGAAUGAACAGUGAUGCAUUUAGCGAGCUGGCGUCCGGCGAUUGCAAAUGAACAUGGCAAUCAUAUUGCCGAAGGAGAGUGCAUAUGAGAUUUGAAUGAAUGGCAUCUUGUUGCCAGGGGCGAGCCCCUUGACUUUCCACAACAAA